AUGGCCCACAAGAUGCUCCUCACCGAGUUACCGGACGAGAUCCUGAGCAUGAUCGUCCAGGCGGCCGAUCGAGACCUGAAGACACUCUCCAGCUUGUCCCUCGUUUGCCGCGCACUGCUCCCUGUCGUUCGCGAGCAUAUGUUCACCGUGGUGAAUGCGCGCGCGCUCGAAGAAGCGUGCAUGCGCCCAUACCUCGUCCACAUUACCGAGCUGCAGAUCGGGAAACCCGACAUCGCGGCUUACGCGCGCGACACAGCGGACUGCCGCUUCAUCCCCCUGCUGAGCUCCUGCGCGCUACCCAAGCUCAGAUCUUUGCACAUCAUAAACAACUACACAUGGUUCUACGUGGAUGCACACCCAGCGCUCUACGAGACAAUGUUAACUCUCACGUCAGUAACGGGACUCACCUUGUCCUGCAAGGUGUUCUUUGUCGACCUCCAACACCUCCAGACCAUGGUCUGCGCCCUCCCAAACCUCGCGCAGCUUUCAUUAGGCUUCAUAUCGUUUGACUUCUCGACGAAUCGCGAUACGCCCGAAGGUUAUACACAAGUAGCCGAGCGCAUAUCCCCCCUUACUUCGGUACGGCCGAAGUUGUCAACGCUCUCCAUGAUUCCCUCGCUCUACUCAGAUGCCGUGGCUGGGUGGCUCGGGUCAGGCCUGAGCAAACACUCGCUAUCUACCUUGUGCAUUCCGCCCAAUUCGAUGUUCCCCUACAUCGUAUUACAGUACUUCGGGCCGAACAUCCAGCAUCUUCACCUUCCCCUCAAUGACAUGCAAAAUUACACAUACCUAUAUGCGCCCUGCCUGGGCACGUACACCAGCCUCCGCACGCUGACCAUCUUCUUGGGCGCCCGGUCCAAUUCCCCGCGUGCCUGGGAGCUGUCGCUCCUCGUGCUGGAGGACUGGCUUCCCGCAGAGCACCUGGAAACCGUCACGAUCGACAUGCGCAUCCCACCGCAGAACCACAUUUGCGGGGCGUACACUGCCGAGAUCGACUGGGACAUUCUCGCGCAGCUUGAUGAGGUGCUGGUUGGCCCAAAGUUCGUAACACUACGCACCGUCGAGGUUUUCGUGCAGGCGACUACGCAGCGGGAUUGCGUCGAGGAGAUACGAGACGUGAUCGUGACGAGGAUCGAGGAGUGUAUGAAGAGGCUUGCGGCGGGGAAGCUGGUCGCAAGCGCGCGGGGGCUGCGGAACGCCGGAUCUUCCACAGGAUAG